GGGAUCCCAGCGACCGGUUGACUCAAUGGUCUCCGGCGGGCGGGAAUAUUCUGUGGCACAGACUUGAUAUAGAUAAUCAUUUCGGGGGAAGUGAAAGUGGUGUUGAUCAGUAACGAGAAACCAACGAUCAAAACCUGACCUGCGAUUUGUAGUUGAUUAGCAUCCAUAUUCAAAUUCUGCCCCCAGCUGAACUAGCCAAAAUUUCACCCAAAUUUUCAAAAGCUGUUAUGACUUGGAAUAAUAGAAAUUCCUAUGGGGGAAAGAGGGUGAGGAGUGGAAAGGGUUUCAACUUCAUGGCGGCGAUUAUACUCUCUCUAGUUUGUUUACUUCCGAUUUGCGUCUCCGCAGUGAAUUUGCGGUUCGGAAGUAACGGCGAAUUUAGGAUAUUGCAGGUGGCGGACAUGCACUACGCAAAUGGUAAAAGCACGCAUUGUUUGGAUGUGCUUCGUUCUCAGUAUGCUUCUUGUUCUGACCUGAAUACCACCGCUUUCAUUCGAAGGAUGAUCCUUGCUGAGAAACCCGAUCUAAUUGUAUUUACAGGGGAUAAUAUCUUUGGAAAAGAUGCUGACGAUUCGGCUAAAUCACUGGAUGCUGCAUUUGCUCCUGCAAUUGAAUCUAACAUACCUUGGGUUGCUGUUUUGGGAAACCAUGACCAGGAAGGAUCGCUCUCUAGAGAAGGGGUGAUGAAACAUAUUGUUGGGUUGAAAAACACACUGUCUAAAGUCAAUCCACCAGACGUAGACUUCAUUGAUGGUUUUGGGAAUUAUAACUUGGAGAUCCGUGGGGUUGAGAACUCUGAACUUGGCAACAAGUCAGUUCUUAAUCUUUACUUUCUUGACAGUGGAGAUUACUCCACUGUCCCUUCUUUAAUCUCUGGAUAUGGUUGGAUCAAACCCUCACAACAACUUUGGUUCCAAAGAACGUCCGCAAAGCUUGAGAGAGCAUACAAGGAUGAACCUGUGCCUCAGAAAACAGCUGCUCCUGGUCUUGCAUACUUUCACAUUCCUUUACCAGAAUAUGCUAGUUUCCACUCAUCAAACUUCACAGGUGUGAAACAGGAGAAGAUUGGCUCGGCUUCUGUCAAUUCUGGCUUCUUCACAACCUUGGUUGAAACAGGAGAUGUCAAGGCAGUCUUCACUGGCCAUGAUCAUGUCAAUGACUUCUGUGGUAAACUAAAAGGCAUACAGCUCUGUUAUGGUGGGGGAUUUGGAUAUCAUGCUUAUGGAAAGGCUGGAUGGUCGAGGAGAGCAAGAGUGGUAGUUGUUCGUUUGGAUAAAACAGCGAAUAGCAGUUGGGGAGAUGUCAAGUCCAUCAAAACAUGGAAAUGCCUUGAUGAUCAAUAUCUAACUAAAAUUGAUUCUCAGGUCUUGUGGAGAAAGAACUUUGGUCACAGGUAAUCAUAGGAGAAAACAAAGGGGCGGUUCAUGGUUCUUUAGAAUCGAGACGUUAUUUUGGAAGUUGAGAGAGCAACAGCACAAGUUCUCUCUGAAAAAUAAAUGAAAGGAAUGAAGUUCAUUAAAAUGGUGGGAGUGAUUGUAUUGCAUGCUAUGUAAUUAUAACUUUCCAUAUAUACCUCAAUGUAGAAACAGUGUAUUUUAUUUGAACUUUUGACCAAUAGCCUUGGUGGAAACACCGCCUUUAGAAUUUUGUGCGUGUUGAUGCUUUGAGCAGUGCCUUGAGUGUAAUACAAGAUAUCAUUGAUAUUUGAGAUAAGCAUGCAAUGCCCCUGUAUACUUAUAAUUUGCGAAAUAAAUUUUGAAUUAUUAAAAAUGAA